AUGGCGACGCCGAACCAACACUCUCUAGGCGGAACGGCUGCCUCGUCACGAUCACAAACACCAGCGGAACAUCGUCGGUCCGCUCACAUCGUUGCUGAUGUUGCCGCACCAGGUCGGCCGCAAGCGCCCGCGCAGCAACACGGUGCUGUUGCAAGCUUGCAAUCGCACAAGCUGCACCUCAUUCUGUCCGAGAUUGCUUCCGUCACAUCAACUGUCCGCAAAGCAACACGAUGGAAUGCUACCAGUUCAGCCGCUCUUGCUCGUCUCACGUCAUACAGCUACUCCACAGCUCAGAUCCAGCAAGUACCAGCACAGCAACAACAACAACAACAGCAGCAGCAGCAGCAGCAACAACAACAACAUACCGAUCGCCAUGCCGCAGCUACGGCUUCUUCCAGCUCUAGUGCUCGGAUAGCGCUGAGAGGCAUGCAAAGGGGUACAAAUGUCGAUACCUCUUCCUCAUCGACUGCUGCCGCAACAAGGCUUGGGCUCUCCCUUGGCAUCGACGGCAAGUCUGACGAUCCCGUCAGCCUCCUCACCGGCUUUGCAACACUCAAAGCCCAGCUCCGCGCUAGCAACAACCUCUCCGCUUUCCCGUUACCUACGCUUCUGGCACCCUUCCUCCGAGUCAUCCUCAGCCCUCGUACUUCCGCUCCCGUCACUUCCGCAGCAUUACAAGCAGUCCACAAGUUCCUCGUACACAAGGUCGUAUGUCUUUCUGCUCCGGAUGCUCAGAUCGCAGUCGCAGAGAUCGCUCACGCUACCAGCCACUGCCGCUUCGAGGCGUCCGAAGCCACCACCGACGAGCUCGUCCUUGUCCGCAUCCUCUCCGUCAUGCGAGAGCUCAUCUGCGAACGCACCGACAUCAACCUCGCUCCAGCUGCUCAAGAUUCUAUCGACGAAGCAAACACAAGACGUCCCCGCACCCUCGCAGAUUGCCUUGGUGACGACAGCAUUUGCGAGAUGAUGGAGACUGGUCUGUCCAUGUGUUGUCAGACUCGCCUUUCCGAGGUUCUGCGCAGGACGGCUGAGCUUUCCAUGACUGCCAUGGUUCGCACACUCUUCAGUAGACUUCCGCUUCUACCCCAAACCGCCGACGAGUUCUUCGCCGCUCGACCAGAUGGUACCGAGCCAGAACCGGAGCACGCUACUCUUGCAGCGAAACCUGUGGGCGAGGACGCUGAACAGGAUGAACGCAGACGCCGCAGAAUGACCAUGCCAGAUCCUACAAGCAACGCCUUUCCCGCAGCUGCGGCGCAAGUGCUCGAUCAGCUCAGAGAGAUGGGCGAAGACGAGGAGCGACAAGAAGCAGAGGCAUCUCAGCAAGCUGCGGAUGGCGCCCAACGCAACCAGCAGGAGCAGCAAGCUUCUGCUGAAUCCACGUCUCCUUCGAAUGAUUUCGCUGAAGCGCCACAAGCAAGUACCGAUGAAGCUGCAGCUCAGCUUUCUGCAAACGACGUCGAUCAAGACCAAGCUUCCGCACCUCAAGCUGUACAGAAAGACGCAGCCCCCACUGCAGCACCGAUCGAGAUCGAGCCUUUUGGGCUUCCCGCAAUCCUCGAAGUCUGCCGUGUCAUCGUAUCGCUAUUGGACCCCAGCAACCUCCAGCACACCAACACCAUGCGUCGGCUUGGCAUGUCCAUGCUUAUCUCGGUGCUCGAGACGUCCGGUCGAUCCAUCGGCGACUUUCCCUCCCUCCGAGCUCUCAUGCAGGAUACCGCCUGCAAGCAUCUCUUCACUCUGGCCCGCAGCGACGAUAUUAUCCCGCUCUCUUUGAGUCUUCGCGCUCUCUCCACCAUGUUCGAGACCAUGCGCGAGCACUUGAAGCUGCAGCAUGAGCUCUUCCUCAACUAUCUCAUGGACCGUCUUGCUCCCACCUUUCCCCUCGCUCUCGAGCCCUGGAACGAGCGUACGUUCGACAAUGCUGCGAGGCGCGCUAUGGGCUCUGGCACUGCCGCUCGCACUGGCGCACUUGAGCUAAACGCCCCCGCCGUUCAGGUUCAGCCGCCACCACCACCCGCUCCACCCGCUCCGCCGCUUCCAAAGACUUCCGACCGUGCUCCAGCGACCGGAGAAGCCCGAGAACUCUACCUCGAGACCUUUGCGCUGCUCUUCCGCAACUUUGAUGCAGAGCGCCCGGCCGAAUAUCUUGUCGAUCUCUACCUCAACUACGAUUGCUACACGGAUUGCGACAACAUGUACGAACGCGUGCUUCACUUCCUUUGCCGCAGCAUUCACGCAGCCAACCCGCAGAGCCCCACGCAGCAAGAUCCCGUGCAGCUCUUCGCUCUGGAUGCUCUUCUCUCCUUCAUUGCAGCUGUCGCCGAGCGUCACGAGACCUUGCAGACUGGUGAUGCCGAGCGCGAGUCCCUCCUGCCUGGCGGGCUUUCAGUUGAAGCUUUAGCAAUGCAAAAGGCCAAGAAAGCAACCAUCCUUGACGGUGCUAGCCGCUUCAACGCCAAGCCAAAGGAUGGUUUGGCCUUUCUUGAGAAUGAGAGUCUCCUCGACUACGAUGAUGCAAGCCUUACCCGAGAAGAGCGCAUCGCUCGUUUCCUGAAAGAGUGCCCACGACUGGACAAGAAGCUGGUCGGAGACUACAUCGGCCGGCCUGACAACGUCAAGGUGCUCGAGGCCUUCGUCCGCCUCUUCGACUUCAUGGACAAGCCCAUCGCCGAGGCCCUACGUGAGAUGCUCGAGAGCUUCCGCUUGCCCGGAGAGUCGCAACAGAUCGAACGCAUCACCCAGACGUUCGCUGCCACCUACUUUGCUGCCAAGCCUGAAGGUAUCGCUACAGAGGAUGCAGUCUUCAUUCUUUCAUACUCGGUCAUCAUGCUCAACACUGAUCAGCACAACCCACAGAACAAGCGUCGAAUGACCGUCGAUGACUACCGCAAGAACCUGCGCGGCGUCAACGGCGGCGAUGACUUUGACCUCGACCUGACUGGUGCUAUCUACGACAGCAUCAGGAAGCGCGAGAUUGUCAUGCCCGAAGAACACGCUGGCCAGCUUGGCUUCGAGUAUACCUGGAAGGAGUUGCUCAGACGUUCGCGAACCGCUGGGACUCUGGUUGCCUGCAACACCACCGCCUUUGAUCGCAACAUGUUCGAAGCUAGCUGGAAGCCUAUCUUGUCAAGCAUCGCUUUCGCGUUCUCGACGUAUGCAGACGAGUACAUGGUGGAGCGUGCUAUCUCUGGUAUCCGUCAGUGUGGCAUCCUUGCCUCCGAGUUUGACCUCAUCGAGGUCUUUGACCUUAUGGUUCACACUCUCGCCAGCGCAACAGGGCUGCUGGACAGCUCCGCGCCACAGGCCUUGACGAGCAAUCCAACGGUCGAAGUGGAGAACCAGCAGGUCACCGUUAGCCCGCUUUCAACACGCUUUGGUGUCAACUUUAAGGGUCAGCUUGCGGCAGUCGUGCUCUUCACCAUCGCCAACGGCAACGUCGAUGCUAUUCGUACCGGCUGGUCGGACCUGUUCGAGAUCUUCAAGAACCUCUUUGCGCACGGUAUGCUGCCUGCUUCGAUGGUGCAGAUGGAAGACCUCGCCGAUGGACCCGUGCCCAUCCCGUUCAAGCCAAAGAAGAUCCCAGGACCCUCGCCGCAGGAUCCUCGUGCACAGGGAGGCGGUCUCUUCAGCACUCUAUCUUCCUACCUCCUGUCGCCCUACUCCAACACGAGCGAGCCCACACCGUACGAGGCUACUUCCGAAGACAUCGAGGCUACACUGAGCUCAGUCGACUGCAUCGCUUCCUGUCGUCUCGAGGCUCUUUGGCACCAGGUUCUGCGCCUCAGCACCGAGUCGCAUAUGUGUGCUGUUCACUACUUGCGCUUCCUCAUCGAGGCUCUCACGGUGGAGAAGGUCCUCUUCCGCGAGUCGUCAGGCUGGAACACGGAUGGCACCUCGACCCCAACUAGCUCACACCAAGGUGCAGGAAGCCACGCAAACGGCAAAGAUUCGAAGCACCAAUUGGCCGCUGCUUCUUCGUCGAAUAGUCUCACAGCCGGUGGAGCUGGGUCAGGACGCUCGAUGGCCGAUGGUCUGCCGUUGAGCUACGAUCCGCGAGUGCCUUUCCUUCUCGAGUUGCUGACCCAGAUCGUGGCCUCUUCACCAAGUCAGCUUGUCGCUGAGACCUGGCCAUGCGUAUCCGAGCACAUCACGGCAGUGCUUCGUAACGCCAAAGCAUACCAUCCCAUGAUGGUGGAGCGAGAGGUCGCAGCUCUCUUGCGUGUCAUCGGCGCUGCUGCUGCAGAAGAGUCCCUCCGUGAUCAGAUCUUCUUAGCGUUGGACUUGCUUCGCGAGUUGCCUGUUGAGAUCUGCAUCUCCGGCUCCAAGCAGCUUCUUGCCGGUCUCACUGGCAUCCUUGCUUCUCAUCCCACGUUCGUACGCUCUCACACCGAGUGGAGUCUAGUGCUAGCGCUCAUUGCGGACAACUCGAACGUGCGGAACGCUGAUUCCGCCCGUUUGGCGUUCGAGGCAACCAAGGCGAUCGUCGCCGUUCCUGCGUCGACAGAAGGCAGCAAGGACACACAAGCCGGCGUCACCUCGUCGAAGCUAUCGCCUGACAACUUCCUGCCCGUCGUCUCGCAACUGAUUGACUUUGCCUACGGUGCUGAUACCACCGCUUGGCGUAACAUGAUCCUGCGCGAGUCACCACAGCGUCGUACGACAAUCACCGAGAAGAAGGAGAUGGCGGAGGCAGAAAAGGUGAUGCAAGAGCGAGGUGUAGAGUCCGUAGACUUGCUCGAGGCGCUCAAGACCGAAGUUCCUCGCUUGAUCAGCGCCGAGGCUAGCGGAGGCUCAGAUAGUGCUAAGAACGAUGAAGUCUGGAGCAAGUACUGGCUCGCAUUGCUUACUGGUCUCGCACGACAGUGGAUCAACGCCUACGUUCCAGUACGCUCGGCAGCAGUCACGUUGUUACAGCGUGUGCUCUUCUCUGCAGAGCUGGUAUCAGAGCCACCGUCUCGAACGUCGUUGAUCCGAGUCGUAUUCUCAGCUACGCUCUUCCCACUGAUCGAGGAUUUGCUCAAACCUCAGGUCUACCAGAUCGACCCUCCAUCAGCGGCUAACAAGAAUGGCGGGAUGCUAGAGAUUCGUAUUCGAGCGUCAGCACUGAUUUGCAAGACCUUCCUUCAUCUCAUGCCGCAUCUUGCUCCGUCGGCAGAGGAGAAGCAAGACGAGUUCCAAAAACUCUGGUUGGACGUGCUGGAUUUUAUGGACCGAAUGAUCAAUUCGACGGGUGGUAAUGCUGGACGUCGCAAUCCUCUGACGGAAGCAAUCCCGGAGAAUCUCAAGAAUGUUUUGUUGGUCAUGUCAGCGAGCCAACUCCUAGCACCACCUAUUGGGGAGAGGACAACGUCGCAAGCGCAGUUGUUCGACUUGACGUAUGACCGGUUGCAACGGUUCCUACCCGGUCUUGUGGAGGAGGUAUUCCCACCGCCCCCGCCGCCCGUGGCAGCAGCUGCCCCAGCAGCCGAACAAGCACAAGCAGAGCCGCAGGCCUAG